UAUGGACUUUUCAAGCCUGCUCUCUGGUCUGCAAGAACUGGGGUUCCGUUUCUCGAUCGACGAUCCGGAAGGCGCCAUGGAGGCUGUCCGAUACAUCUUCCGCAAUUCAGACGACAAUGGCUGGGCGACUGAGUCUCCGAAGCCACGAUACCGAAAGCGUCCUACACAAGAAAGCGCGGACGUCCACGAGCUUCAAAAUCAAAGCUCGCGUGAGAGUCUUAUUCCAAACGGAAAGAAGGCCAAGAAGCGGUUUGGUUCUUCAUGGAAGCUCAAGCGGCGACGCAGAAGGAGGCGCCAUCAGAACCUCGGCCUGCAAGCCUUUCCUGGCGUGAUGGUGUUUUUCGCCAGGGUCAUCCAGCUCCUUCGAGGACUGUCCAUUACAAUGGACUCGAAUCAAAACUACAUGGACAUCAUGGUUCCGUUUGCGAAGCGCCACAUCGAAAUGAAGCUGGACUCUGAGACGGCGCUUUACGCAAACCUGUCGCGGCCGUCGCUGUGCUCGCCCAGCCCGCUGGAUGAGAGGCUCCGGGCCAUUGUCCGGGACAUGAUCCAGACGCAAGACAUCAUCGGUUGCCAGAUAUGCGCUAUGCAAGACAACGUCCGAGUCGUCGACAUUGCAGCAGGCGUCUCCCUUGGCGCAUUCCUGAAGGACGACAUCCCGGACAAGAUCGGCAUCCCCACGGGUAUCGAGUCGAGACUGGCGUCGGUAGAGUGGAAGCUCGAAGAACCCCAGACACUAUUCAAGAACAUCACCAGCCAAGGCGGCCGGCAGGAGGACACCAACGGCAAAGGCCAGCCCAGACGACCAUCGAUGAGAGUUUACCGACAUCUGAGCCUCGACAAAUCCAAUGUCAAGCGCUUGGUCACGGUCUGGCCAGCACAUCCUACACUCUAUGUGUAAACGGCGCACAGCUCCGGUGGAGGCCGUUUCGAGUGGUUGUCCAAGUAGAAUGGGACGACAUGGUGUCUGUGUUUGCGAACAGGAGUUGGUUUACUCUCUG